CUGUGAGAGGACAUUUUGACUCUGCGACCAAGGAAAAGGCUGGUGUGGUGGUGACCGGGAGCAGGCACUCAGGGUCCAGCAUAACUCUAGUCAUAACAGCCUACAUCUUACAGAGGAAGCCAGUCUUCACUUGGAGUGGUGCCAGGCAUUUAUGUAUCUGUGCCAACAUCUUUUCUUCAAAGAAUGGCCAAGAGUCUCUUGGUGACCUAUGCCCUCUGGGUUGUGGGGGGCCCUGCUGGGCUCCACCAUCUAUACUUAAGGAGGGACAGCCAUGCAUUGCUCUGGAUGCUUACCCUGGGCGGAGGUGGGCUGGGCUGGCUCUGGGAGUUCUGGAAGCUCCCAAGCUUUGUAGCCCAGGCUAACAGAGCCCAAGGACACAGGCAGAGCUCAGGUCGAGAGAGACCACCUCUGAGUGCCAUUCGCUUUGCAGCACAGGUGGUAGUGGGCAUCUAUUUUGGUCUUGUGGCUCUCAUUAGUCUUUCUUUCAUGGACAACUUUUAUAUUGUGAGCCUCCCACUGGCGGUUGGCUUAGGGGUCUUAUUGGUAUCUGCUGUUGGCAACCAGACUUCAGAUGUUAAGAACACACUUGGGGCAGCUUUUCUUACUUCCCCAAUUUUCUAUGGACACCCAAUAGCUAUCUUGCCCAUCAGCUUGGCAGCCAGCAUCACAGCUCAGAAGCAUCGCCGUUACAAAGCUUCUGUGGGGUUCGAGACACUUGGUGUGCGCUUCUACCGCCUGGGCUUGGCUUACCUUGCUUUCACUGGCCCCUUGGCAUACAGUGUCCUGUGUCACACCACUGCUACCCUCAACUAUAUGGCAGAGACCCUUGGCUCUUUCUUGAGUUGGUUCAACUUUUUUCCCUUCCUUGGUCGCUUAUUAGAACCCAUUUUUCUUCUGCCUUACCGGGUUUGGAGGCUCUUGGUGGGGGAUUCUGGCUUUAGCAACAGCUCUUUACGGGAGUGGGAAAAGCUUUAUGAGUUUGUUCAGAGUUUCCAGGAUGAGAAGCAUCAGCUGGCUUACCAGGUCCUGGGAGUUUCAGAGGGCGCCACAAAAGAAGAAAUAGAUCAGAGAUUCAGACAGUUAGUGAAGAUCUGGCACCCUGACCACAAUAGACACCAAGCAGAAGAAGCUCAGUUGCACUUUCUGGAGAUCCAGUCAGCAUAUGAAGUUUUGAGUCGACCAAGAAAGUCCAGGGGAACCUGAAGCUGAGAAGAAACUUUCGUUGGAGGAUGGACUCUUCUUAUCAGAGGGCUUCUUGCCCCAAACCAGUUCUUCCCACAUUAAGCCUUCUUAACAGCAUUAAACAAACUGCUUACUGUGAAGAUGAGAUAAAUUUAAAGGGCCAUGAAAGCAGCAUCAGAAGAGAAAAUGGGUUUGAUCUCCUGCAAGUCCCGCAGUAAAGUGUCAGAAAAAAGAGGGUGACAACAACAGUGAUAAAA